AUGUCGCAGCAAAAGGGAAAGGCUUCUGGUGCCGGCAAAGGCAAGAAGUCCGGCAAGGCUGGCGGAGAGGGCAAGCGCGAGGAUGUUCUGCAGGCCGUGCUCAUCGCCGACUCCUUUCAAGACAGGUUCGCGCCAUUUUCAGCAGAGAAGCCAAGAUGUCUUCUACCCCUUGCAAACACGCCGCUCAUCGAAUAUACCCUCGAAUUCCUCGCCAUGAACGGUGUCCAGGAGGUUUAUAUCUACUGCGGCUCCCACUCCGAACAGAUCGAGAACUACAUCAACACAUCGAGAUGGUCCCCCAUGUCCAUCCGGACCCCGUUUACGAGUCUUCAGUUCAUCCGCGUCUCCAACGCCCGCUCGAUCGGCGACUUCCUCCGUGAUCUCGACGGGCGCAGCAUCAUGGAUGGUGACUUCAUUGUGGUCCACGGCGACGUGGUCUCCAAUAUCUCACUCGACUCUGCACUCGCGGCGCACAAGGCGCGCAAGGAGGCUGCGGCGACGAAUAUCAUGACGGUAGUUCUGCGAUCAGGCGGCGCGGAGGAGCACAGGACGAAACCCAACGGAAUCAACCCCGUCUUCGUUAUCGACUCCAAGACGAAGCGCUGCCUACAAUACGACGAGACACACCCCCUCCAGAGCGAACACUACAUGAUGCUCGACUGGGCCGUGAUCGACGAGCUCUCGACCGACUUCGAGGUCCGGGCCGACCUGAUCGACGCAGGAAUCGACAUCUGCACCCCCGAGGUGCUCGCGCUGUGGUCCGAGAGCUUCGACUACGAGCUCCCGAGGAGAAAUUUUCUGCACGGCGUCUUGAAGGACUGGGAGUUGAACGGAAAGGCAAUCUACGCAGAGGUCCUCGAGGACGGAUACGCCGCGCGCGCGAGUAAUCUCCAAAUGUACGAGUCCAUCAGCAAAGACGUUCUCGGCCGCUGGACGUUCCCAUUCGUCCCCGACUGCAACAUCAUCCCCGGCCAGACGUACAAGAUGACGAGUGGUGCGGUCUGCGUCGAGGAUGGAACGGUCAUGGCGCCGGACAGCAAGAUUGCCAGGUCGAUCCUCGGCCAGGGAGCCACCGUGGGCGCCGGCAGCAAGGUAUCAGACAGCAUCAUCGGCAGACGGUGCAAGAUUGGCAGCAACGUCCGCAUCGAGAAUAGUUUCAUUUGGGACGACGCCGUCAUCGAAGAUGACGCAGUCAUCACACGCUCCAUUCUAGCAGACUCGAGCGUCGUAGGCAAGGGCUCCGUCGUCGUCGCCGGCUCGCUCCUCUCCUUCGGCGUCGUCCUCAGCAAAAACAGCAAGAUCCCCGAGGCCACCGUCCUCGCCGUCACCACACACAGCGGUCAGCCCGUCAACCCUGACAAAUCCCUCGUUGGCCCCUCGGGCAAGGGCGCCCCCUACGUCGACCCCGAAGCAGAGGACAUGGACGACGAAGACCCCUCGACCCUCCAGCGCUCCCUCAUCUACAACCUCGCCCACCUCAACCUCUCCACCUCGACCAUCUCGACCCUCUCCUCCGAUGUCGACGACGACGACUCGGACGCCGCCUCGGGAAUCACCCCCUUCUCCGCCGACUCCCGCAAUCGCGCAGACUCCUUCGUCUCGGACGACUCCCAGGGCAAGUCAGGCUUCCACCACGACGCAGUCCACGGCCUUCUCGACGCCCUCCGCGCCUCGUCGGGCGACUUUGACUCCGCAAAGUUGGAAUUCAUGGGCCUCCGCCUCGCCAACGACGCAUCAGACGUGGCCAUGCGCAAGGCCGUCGCCAUCGCCUUUGCCCGGCGCGCCGCAGAGCUUCUCGAGCCCGAGAACGGCGGCCUCGAGCCCGCCAAAGCCGCCGACUCGACCUUCAACUCUAGCAAAGGCGCCUCGAAAUUCGUCUCCGAGGUCGGCGUCGGCGGCGGCGAGGUGGAGCAGGUCGAGUUCGUACUCGCGCUGCAGCGCGCGCUGCUCGGGUGCCGGAACCUUGAGCACGCGCGCGCCGGCGUGCUGCUCGCCGCGAUGCUGCAGCAGCUGUAUGGAUUGGACGUUCUUGAGGAGGAAGGGAUCCUGGCCUGGUGGGAGGACGAGCGCGCCGAGGAGGGCGAGGGCAUGGCGGCGCUCAAGGACAAGUGUCGGGUCCUUGUUGAGUGGUUGGAGGAUGCCGAUGAGGAGGACGACGAGGAUGAUUCGGAAGAGGAUGACGACUAG